UCGCGUGGUGCCGUCGCCCUUCCGCGGGCUUUAGGUCGUCAAAGCUCGGGGCCGUUGACGGCGAGCUAAGCCAGCGUUGAGUCUUGGCCAGGAAGAGACGGAUGGCCAAUUUUAAGUGGUCUAGAAUCUUUAAGCUCUCUCCACAAAAACCCCAUCCGAUAGGCAGCUGUCCUACGAAAUACACGGGUUUUUAGUUGCAUUGGAGUCCUUGGCCCGCCUCGGUCGGGUGGAGACUGGGAAGAAGGGCCGUCCUUGGGAUUUUUGGCGUGAUAUUGAGGGCAGCUCCAUCGAUGGGCCGCCCUGGGCCUCUACUGCCGGCAGAGGCAGCACCCUCCAGCAUCUGGGUCCCGGGGCAGGUGCAGGGAAGGUCCCGGUACGGGGGCAGAGGCAGGCUGCAUGCACCAUGUUUCGCGAACUCAGCGGGCGUAUUGGGGCAAGAGAAUGGACCCGGUGACGUCUCCAAGUUCAGUUAACAAGUUUAAAGCCCCGGCUGAGCCAGAAGAGCGAUGCGGGAUCUCGCCGAGCCCACCCCCAGUCCCCGAGACUGAGAGCGCUGCGCAAACUCUAUGAAGUUUGAGCCUCGUGGCUCUCUGUACUCGACCCCUCGGCGUGGACGCAUUCCCGCGCUUUCUUGCGUGUGAGGUCAGAGGGCGCGUUGCCGCGCAGGCGCAGGGAGCCGAGGCCGUGGCGGCCAUGGGCGAGGCCGGGGAGACUGUGGAGGCCUGCCGGCACGUGGGAACUAAGGAAGAAUUCGUUAAAGUCAGAAAGAAGGAUCUGGAACGGCUGACCACUGAGGUGAUGCAAAUCCAGGACUUCUUACCCAGGAUACUGAAUGGGGAGGUACUGGAAAGCUUCCAGAAAUUAAAGAUUAUGGAAAAAAAACUGGAAAGGAAACAGCAAGAAUUAGAGCAACUGAGAAUGGACUGUGAGCACUUCAAAGCCCGCCUGGAGACGGUGCAAGCCGACAGCGUGAGAGAGAAGAAGGAGAAACUGACUCUUCGACAGCAGCUGAAUGAAGCGAAGCAGCAGCUCCUGCAGCAGGCAGAGUAUUGUACAGAGAUGGGAGCGGCAGCCUGUACCCUGUUAUGGGGUGUCUCCAGUAGCGAGGAGGUCGUCAAAGCCAUUCUGGGAGGGGAUAAAGCUUUGAAGUUUUUCAACAUCACUGGUCAAACAAUGGAGAGUUUUGUGAAGUCACUGGAUGGGGAUGUCAAGGAGCUGGAUUCUAAUGAAAAUCAGUUUGUUUUUGCUUUGGCUGGAAUCGUAACGAAUGUUGCUGCCAUAGCAUGUGGUCGUGAGUUCUUGGUUAACUCAAGUCGGGUGCUCUUGGACACCAUACUGCAGCUUCUGGGAGACUUGAAGCCGGGCCAGUGUACCAAACUCAAAGUGUUAAUGCUGAUGUCCCUGUACAACGUGAGCAUCAAUGUGAAAGGCUUGAAGUAUAUCAGUGAGAGCCCAGGAUUCAUCCCUUUGCUGUGGUGGCUUUUGAGUGAUCCAGACGCAGAGGUGUGUCUUCAUGUAUUGCGACUUGUGCAGUCUGUGGUUUUGGAACCAGAAGUCUUCUCCAAGUCGGCCUCUGAGUUCCGCAGCUCCCUGCCCCUGCAGCGCAUCCUGGCCAUGUCCAAGAGCCGCAACCCCCACCUGCAGACUGUGGCCCAGGAGCUCCUGGAAGACCUCCGUGCUCUGGAGGGUGAUGUGCCACUGGCAGAGAACAAAGGAGGAGACACUUCAUUUCUUACAGACAGCACGACGUGUGAGGGUGGAAGUUCCGUCUCCGUCACUCCUUAAAGUCUCAUGAGGGAACACGUUCGCUCCUUUCUUCUGGUGCUGCUUCCCCCGGUGUGACACUGCCGGCCCUUGGGCUCCGGGUGUCCUCUGGAGUGAGAACAAAUGCAGGCGUCCCCUGACAGGGGCGGCCUCAUACACGCUUACAAACUGUUUCUGCUGUGUUUGACAUUUCACAGUAACUUCAUUUUUCUUUUAAGUAGAUUUUUAUAGGCAAUGUGCAGUUUGUGGCUGAGGCUGAAUGAAGGAGCUUAGGGGAAGGCACAGUUACUUGAAUUUCACAAGCCAACAUAUUGUAGCACACUAGUCAUCAGAGCAGAGAAAUGUUGUAAAAGACAGUUUAAAAUUCAUGGAGGCAGAACUUGGUCCAUCUGUGCUGUGUGGUUCCGUAGGUCCUGAUUAUUGGUGAAUAAAAUUGAGGAUGUUGUGUUUUUGUACUUUUUCUAGCAUGGAUCAUUUUCCUUUCGGUUAUUUGUUCGAUAAGGUAACGAGAAAUAAACUAGUGUAAUUAGUUUAUGCUGCCUUUAGAAAUGCCAUUUUUUCUUGCCAAAGAUGGGAUUAGUGGUGUAUAGAGAAAAAUGAAACUGGGCCAAACCUGUGACUGUUGCAUAGUUUACCUAAUUAGUAGAUGGAUGUGAUUAAAAAGGACAAGUUUUUUCCUCCUAAUUUUGAAGUGCUAAGGAUAGCAAGAGUUCUUAUGAAAACUCCUUCAGGAAGAAACAGAUGACAAAUGCGUGUUCUGAAUGUCUAUCACGGGAAAAGUGCUGAAGGCCAAUUUUAAGGAGUGUCUAGCUUUCCAAUAUUUCUGCUCUUUACAUGAAGGUCAAGGGGAAAACAUGGGCUCUUUCGUUUGUCUGCAUCGAGAGAUCUAAAGAAAACUCAGUUUAAAAGCGUGCAUGAGAGCAUGUACUUGGCAGUGUUUGAGGUUUCUUGUGAGUUUUAAAAUCAGAAACACAAGCAGUGAAGUGGUACAUAUUUUUUUAAUUCAAUUUUUAAAGAAUUUCUCCUUUAUUUAUGAAGUUAAGGAACUCUUUUUCUCUGUAGUGCUGUCGGUUUAUAUGUAAAGGCAUGAAACCUGCCAGGCCAGAUCUAAGCUGUUUCCCAUGAAGUCCCGAAGAAGCGGAUCAUUGUUAAGAUGCAGGUCAAUGCAGAGUCUUCGUGGAUGGCUUUGGGUUACCUGUGUCUGCUCAUGGCAUGAACUGGGAUAAGCCCGAUGUUACAAGGAGUUCUUUGCAUCCCAGCUAUUUACAUAGCCCCAUGUCUUUCACUUAUUCCAGAAGAUUUUAAAAUUAAUUCGAGUACCGAGCAUAGCCUCGCAAGUCUGGGACUUCAAGAAAAUCAGCCCAAGGCUGGAAGUCAGACCAUGGGCAAGGAGGGAUUUUAAUAAAAGUUGUGAAUGUGGCCAUUACAUGGAUGCUACCAAACCUGGCAUUAGCUGUAUUGCCACGACAUGAAUACGAAAGGAAAAGGUUGAUAAAUACUUUUGUAGACUUACUAAUUUUCUGAGAAGUCCUGAAGUUGAAGUUGGCUCUCUUUUCUUCCACGAUGUGGAUGUUUAGACUGCCUCCUAAGGACUGGUCUAACCCAUGUACGGUCUCCAGCGUAGACCCUGAUGUAGUGCAGGACACAGUAUAGGCUACAGCGUUCUGUAGACGGUGGGCAGGCUCAGAAGGUAGAGUGCAUGAGCCCAUUAAAAGGUCUUUGCUGAGGGAGACUGGCUCUGGGCUAACAUCCGUGCCCAUCUGCCUCCACUUUAUAUGGGAUGCCGCCACAGCACGGCCCGACAAGCGGUGCGUUGGUGCGCGCCUGGAAUCCAAACCAGCGAACCCUGGGCCGCCGCAGCAGAGUGUGCACACCUAACCGCUUGCGCCACCAGGCCGGCCCCCACAGGGACUCAUCUUUAAGGACCACGGCUGCCUCUCUGCUCUGAGAGUGUGCACACUUAAGUUUGUCUCCAAAUGUAGAAUAAGAUGUGGAAUAAGGAGUCUUUUGAAUGUGUUAGUGCGUGUUAUAAAGUGACGACUCUUACUGUGUUUUUUUUUGUUAUUUGUAAUUCUUCAAGUUUUUUUUAAUUGUGGUAAAAUUUACCCCAUAAACAUAAAUGGUAAACAUAAAAUUUACCAUUUUCACCAUUUUUAAGUGUAGCAUUCAGUGGCAUUACAUACAUUCACCAUGUUGUGUAACCAUAACCACUAUCUAUUUCCAGAACUUUUUAUCAUACCAAACAGAAACUCCAUAGCCAUUAAACAAUAACUCACUAUUCCCUAACUGCCCUCCUACUAGUUCCUGAUAUCCUCUGUUCUACUUCUGUCUCUAUGAAUUUGACUAUUCUAUGUAUGUCAUAUAAAUGGAAUAAAAAUAUUUGUGCUUUUGCGUCUGGCUUAUUUCACUCAGUAUAAUAUCCUCAAGGAUCACCCAUGUUGUAGCAUGUGUCAGAACUUCGUUCCUUUUUGUGGCUGUAUAAUAUUCCAUCGUAUGUAUGUGCCACAUUGUGUCUAUCCAUUCAUCUGUUGAUGGACACUUGGGUUGCUUCCAUGCUUUGCCUAUUGUGAAUAGUGAUGUUUGAGUCCCUGCUUUCAAGUCUUUGGGGUGUAUGCAUAAAUGUGGAAUUCCUGUACCAUAUGCUGAUUCUGUGUUUAACUAUUGGAGAAACUGCCAACUGUCUUCCACAACACCGCACCAAGCAUUUUACAUUCCCACCAGCAGCGGUGCACGAGGGUUCUAGUUUCUCCACAUCCUUGUCAACACUUGUUAUUGUCUGUUUUUUUCUUGAUUAAGCUAUCCUAAUGGGUGUGAAGUGGUAUUUCAUUGUGGUUUUGAUGUGCGUAUCCCAAAUGACAGUGAUGUUGAGCAUCUUUUCAAGUACUUAUUGGCCAUUUGUGUAUCUUCUUUGGAGAAAUGUGUAGUCAAGUCCUUUGCUCAUUUUUGAAUUGGGUUGUUUCCUUUUUCGUGUUGAGUUCCAGGAGUUCUUUUUAUAUUCCUGAUAUUAAUCCCUUAUCAGAUAUAUGGUUUGCAAGUAUUUACUCCCAUUCUGUGGGUUGUCUUUUCAUUCUGUUGAUAGUGUUCUUUGCUGUACAAGAGUUUUUAAUUUUGAUGUAGUCCAACUUAAUCUAUUUUUUCUUUUGUUGCCUGUGCUUCUGGUAUAUAUCCAAGAAAUCAUUGCCAAAUUCAUGGUCAUGAAGAUUUUCCCCCAUGUUUUCUUCUAAGAGUCUUAUAGUUUUAUCUCUUCAGUUUAGGUCUUUGAUCCAUUUCGAGUUAAUUUUUGUAUAUGGUGUUAGGUAAAGGUCCAACCUUGUUCUUUUGCAUGUGGAUGUCCAGUUUUCCCAGCACCGUUUGUUGAAUUUUGUAAUUGUCAUUUGGAAAUAUUAUUAUAAGUCUGCGUUUCAAGACACAAAGAUUAUGCUAAUCAUAUUUUUAAAAUAGUUGGUUUGUUUCAUGAAUAGCCUUUAUUGUAAAGUUUUAAGUUGUUCCCAAAAUGGAGCUCCCUCGGCUGCUGCUUUGCUACCAUGAAUGUGUAUUUAAUGUUCUUAGAACAUACUUAACACAAAAUGACUGUCAAAAAACUGACUCUGGGUCAUAUCGUUUGUUAUGUUUUUAAUUGAAGGCAUAUUUGCAGCUCAACUUUUCAGAAUAAAUGGUUUUAUGC